AUGGCUUAUAUUCACUAUAAACCCUACAAGGAGUUUCUUUUAAUGCAAAAUGCCAGUUCUUAUAAAACAUUAAUACCAGUGUUUAAGUCCACCUUAACACAAAUCAGUAAUAUCCACGGGCCUGACUUUAUUAAGCCAAUUAUAUACAGUAGGAUGUUCUUUAGCUUUAGGGUGUGUCUCAAGUAUGCACCUAUUGUUUAUUUUGAGAUUCAAAAGCAAAAUAUAAUUAUUUGGUUUGGGUUAUUUGUGUUGGCUGUCGAGAAUAAAGAAAUUUUGAACAAUGAAUUCCAAAAAAAAAAACUUAUAAUGGGCUUUAUCACUCGAUCCGGGCUGAUUAAUGAGAAGCAUUGUUAUUUAAAGAAGCUUGAAUCAAACUUUGCUCAGAUAUGGGCUGUGCGGAUUAUGCAAGACGAUAUUUGCAUGGUUUGGAGUUGA